AUGGGCGUACUCAAGAGCGGAUUUCUGUUUCUAGUCUUUACUGUUUGUCUCUAUCCUGUUUUUGUAGCGCUGUUGACGGUUCCGUGGUUGCAACGACAUGCACUAUACGCCCACAAAAUCCACUCGGGCUUCUGGCACGAUGUCAACAAGCCCGAGUCCUUUGGCUUCGCAGCCCACCAAGUAACGCCCUUUAAUGUCUCCACACCAGACCACGAAGUCCUCUACGCAUGGCAUAUUCUGCCCUUAGCAACUGUAGCAGCAAAUAGGGAUGCUUUGGCUACUUCCGAUGCGUUUGAUCAAAGUUUGCCUUUGCAGUUGCUCAAGUCCGAUGAGCAGGCUAGAGUGGUGGUGAAUUUCCACGGUAAUGCGGGACAUGUGGCCCAAGGGUGGCGUACAGAUACCUAUCGCGCGUUGAGCAAUCAGCCGCAUACCCAUGUCUUCACAGUGGAUUACAGAGGGUUUGGCCGCAGCACUGGUGCACCGGAUGAAGCCGGUCUAAUCACUGAUGGCCGCGCGUUGGUCAACUACGUUCUUUCUCUGGGUAUACCACCUUCUCGCAUUGUGAUUCUUGGACAAAGUCUGGGUACUGCUGUCGCUACAGCUGUUGGCUUGAGUUUCUCGGAUCCGACUUCUGGACUGCUGCCGCAAUCUCUUGCUUACGGCAAAGUGAACAUGGAUAAAGCGGUGUUCAGAAGUAUCAUCUUGGUUGCACCAUUUGCUUCUCUACCGGACUUGUUGCUGAGUUAUCGUAUCGGCGGCCUUAUCCCAGUGCUCGCUCCUCUCCGCAACUCUGCCUUCCUGGUCAGCUUGGUUACCAAGUAUAUCCUCGAUACAUGGCCCAGUGGCCUUCGUCUUAACGCCUACGUCUCUGCUGCUUCCACUCUCUCAUCCACAAGCAACAAUGGCGCUGGCAAUGUACAUAUCCUGCACGCCAGAGAUGAUCAAGAUAUCUCCUUUGUUCAGUCUGAGAAGCUAUUUGCUAUGGCUACGGGGAAGGACGUUGAGGAAUUGCCUUUAGGGGCGAGGGAGGUGGUGGGAGAAGGGAAGGUAGGGGUCAGGGUUGAGAUGUUGGAGUUUGGAAUGCACAAUCGGGUUGUCACGUAUGCGCCUGUUGGGUUGGCUGUGAUGAGGGCUUUCGAGGGGGUGUAA